AUUAAUAAAGUAUGUUUUCCAUUUGCGACCUUCCGGCAAACAUAAUUUGUUGCCACAUUUGCAAUUGCAGAAAAUGUUAUAGGGCUAUUUAAAUUGUAUCGAAUGAUUAAUCCAUUGUCAUCAUCCAUUGCGGCUUUAUUACCAGCUUGAAUGUUCAGCUUCAACAAUCGAGAUCUGACUUGUCACGUGAUAAAAGGCAAGCAGCGCAGACUGCUUUUCCGCGGGUUGUCACAGUACGUGCGUUUGACUGCUACAUAUAUAUGAACGCAUAAACACGUGAGCAUCACUAUUGCUGGCUUUACAUAGGCUAAAUUUAUACAGCAGUAGUCACGAGCUACUAAUGCACGCAUUCGCCACUUCUCUUUCCUUCUCUCCUCUUAUUUCACCAUACAUUCCUGGAGUAACGUGAAGCAGCCGGUAAAUAAAUGCUCACGUGGCUAUACGUAUUUUGCGUCUACACGUGUCCACUUACACUGAUUAUUCACUGUGUACUGGAAACGUGCAAACAUCUAUCUACCUGUCUACUCAUCGCAGAUUCGAUUCGCGAUGUGCGAAACAACGUUCAUCCCAAGAUUGUCCGAGUGUGCAACAAAGUCCAAAGCGCACACACAAUGGCAUUAAAAUUGAAGUAUUAAAAUUACUGGGGAGAGAAUCCACCUCGCUCACUCGAUUCAAUUUCUCGGCGAGUGAUAGAAAAGCUUCUUUAUUCGCGUUCAACCUUCUCAGAAGAUCUCAUGAAUCAAUAAUACAUCUUAAGUGUGAAGUGAAGCCGAAUAGCUCGUUGCUACCAGCGAACAAUGUAAAUUAGAAACGCGUUUAUGCAUCAAACAACACGGGAAGCUUGAAAAUGCUUUUCUUGGCACUUCUCUUACUCCUCUGCAUCGUAGAAUAUCUGCUCAGCUUUGAGAACAUCGGUGCAGCGUGCAUCUUCCUACUUUACAUACGACGCACGCUCACGCGCUUGUACUUUGCCUUUCGUAGGGCGCGUUUGCCGGUGCGAUAGCACCGAAUAGAACGCGUAUAGCGAUGCGCUCGGUACAUACCCCGCAUGACGUGCGGGGUAUGUAUGUAUGUACACGCACCGCGAUCUCUCAGUCAGUCAGACUCUCUCACGACAGAGUCUCGACACGGGCAGGAGUCGCUGAGCGUUGCAGUAGUGGUUGCCGCGGCGCGAGAAGUGGACGCUGCGGCUGCGGCGACGCGCUUCCUUCCUCCUUUCUUUCUUUCUUCUCGUCGCUCAGCCUCUCCUCUCGUGCAGGAACGUCGGCCGAUACAUCCGUACGGCAUCCCGAUCCCGGUCGGCUUCUCGCUGAUCCUGGGACCGACGCGGUGAAAGUACGCCCAGGAGUGCACGUCCGAUGAACUCCACGUGGUAUUGCGCCGCGUUAUAGGGACUGUCCUCCCGCUGGAGCGUUUCUCGAGUGUACAUCGCGAUUAAGAGGACAUGAGGUGGCUCGUGGACCUGUUUAUGUGGACGCUAUUAGUCCCGCUGCUCCUCCUUCUAGCGGAUUCCUCGCAGACGGUCGGUGCAACGGUGAAAUGCCCACAUCAGUGCUUGUGCUUCCGCAACAUAGUACGAUGCAUGUUUCACAGAUUGAGCAAGGUGCCGCGAGUACCUGUCAAUACUACUAUCUUGGACCUUCGAUUUAACAACAUCGUGGAAGUGCGUCCAGGAACGUUUCACGGGCUCGAGAAUCUGCGUGUCCUGCUACUAAACGACAAUCACAUUCGGCACCUGCCUGCAGGCGCGUUUAAUGGCGCGCCAAAUUUGGAAAUACUCUACUUGUACAAGAAUCGCAUAAACUACAUCGCGCCGGGUGCGUUCGCGCGGUUGCCGCGGCUCGAGCAAUUGUAUCUACACCACAAUCAUUUGCGGGAGAUUCAAGCGGGCACGUUCAACGAUUUGCCGGCGCUGGAGCGGCUGUUUCUGCACAGCAACAAAUUACACCGACUACCAGCUGAUGCGUUCGUCAACGUCGGCCCGAUGACGCGGCUGCGUCUUGACAGUAAUGCGCUCAUCUGCGACUGCAGCCUGCUCUGGCUCGUGGAACGUCUGCAAAACAAGUCCUUGGAGAUAGCGGCGGUUUGCCAAGCUCCGCACAACAUGAAGGGUCGCUCCUUAACGACGAUGUUGCCUGACGACUUUCAUUGCACAAAACCGCGCAUAAUAGAGGAACCGGAGGACACCGUGGUGGAAUUCGGUCGCUCGAUGACGCUGAAGUGCCGAGUAACGGGCGACCCGGUGCCGAAAGUCAAGUGGAUGAAGAAUAAGAAUUCACCGAGGAUGACGGAGACGCGCGACGAGGAGAUGUACGUAAUUCCCGAAGACGGUAACAAAUACAUCAUCCACGAGAACGGCACGUUGGUGGUCACCGAGAUGACGAAGCAGGAUAUUGGGACGUACGAGUGCGUAGCCAGCAACGAUAUGGGCCUGGCCAAGUCUAGGAAAGCUAGAACGAUCAUCGAAGGGAUCAUCGUCGACGAUUAUCCUGUGCCGUUCAUCGAGAAGCCACAGCCGCAAAACGUGACCGCUGGUACCGACGUGAGCUUCAUCUGCCGAGUGGUGGACAAUCCCGCGAUCCAUUGGCGGCGAGACGGCCGAACGGUUCCCCUGGGCGGCAGAAUUUCACUCGAGCAGGACGGUAACGAGCUGCGUAUCGCCGCGGUCAAGAAAACCGAUGAGGGCCAAUACUCGUGUAACUAUCGUACUCGCCGCGUGCAAGGUGCCGCCUACGCAAGUCUGCACGUGAACGUUUUCACCGCGCCCCAGUUGGUCUUUGAACCGCAAGACAUAGCGGCAGAAUUGGACGCGACAAUCGAGGUACCUUGCAGGGCCGAGGGUACUCCGCAGCCGGUGAUCCAGUGGAAGAAAGACGGUAGCGCGAUCGAGGGUACUAGGGUCAAGAUUACGCGCGGCGGGAGCCUCCUCAUUUUCGGUGUGACCGCGCAGGAUGCUGGCAGAUACGAGUGUUCAGCUAUCAAUGACUAUGGUCGCGCAACCGCCCACGCUCUAGUGCGCGUUCGACAGGCCGGUGCAACCGAUACGCUUGUCUUGCGCGCCUUUCAAGAGGCUACCGAGGAGAUUGAUCGCGCCAUAAACAAAACCCUGUCGUCCCUCUUUAGCACCGAUUCGUCCAGACGCGUUAACCCGUAUCGGCUGGGACGAUUCCCGGAUGCGAUCGGUCGCGCGGCCGCCAGGCCCGCCGAACUCUUCGAGAGAACUCUCAUCAAUAUUCGGCGCAUGGUGAAUGCCGGUGUCAAGGCAAACGUGACUGAUGAGUUUCGUUAUGAGGAGAUAUUGACGCACGAACAGGUCAGAGAAAUCGAGCGAUUGUCUGGAUGCACCGGUCACAGACAUCGGCGAAACUGUAGCAAUGUGUGCUUCCACAACAAGUACCGCACCGUAGACGGCAAUUGCAAUAAUCUGCGUCAUCCGACUUGGGGCUCGUCGCACACGGGGUUCCGUAGGAUACUGCAACCCAUUUACGAGAACGGCUUCUCGACGCCGGUCGGUUGGGAGAGAGGACGACGCUACUUCGGCUACCCGAAGCCUGCCGCACGCCUCGUGUCGACCACACUGAUAUCCACGCACGAUAUCACGCCGGACAGUCAAAUCACCCACAUGGUGAUGCAGUGGGGCCAGUUCCUGGACCACGAUCUGGACCACGCGUUGCCGUCGGUAUCGAGCGAGUCUUGGGACGGGAUCGACUGCAAGAAGUCUUGCGACAACGCCGCGCCCUGCUUCCCGAUGGAAGUGCCACGGGGUGACCCGCGCAUCGACAACCGACGGUGCAUCGACUUCAUCAGAACUAGCGCCGUUUGCGGCUCGGGCGCGACUAGCGUCCUGUGGGGUGGCCUGACUCCCCGGGAACAGCUGAACCAACUGACCAGCUACCUGGACGCGUCGCAAGUCUACGGUUACGACGACCAACUGGCGCGCGAUCUGCGCGAUCUCGCGACGGAUCACGGGCUACUCCGAGAAGGUCCCGCGUUGCCUGGUCACAAGCCUUUGCUGCCUUACGCGUCCGGCCAAUUCGUCGACUGUCGCAGGAACCCGCUGGAGAGUUCAAUCAACUGCUUCGUGGCCGGUGACAUCCGCGCGAACGAGCAGGUCGGCCUGCUGGCUAUGCACACCAUAUGGCUGCGUGAACACAAUCGCAUAGCCCGCAGGCUACGCGAGAUGAAUCCUCACUGGAACGGCGAGAAGCUGUAUCAGGAGUCGAGGCGCGUCGUCGGUGCGGAGAUGCAGCACAUUAGUUACCGGCACUGGCUGCCGCAAAUAUUCGGCAGGUCAAUCGGAGAGCUUCUGCCGGCCUACCAAGGCUACGAUGCUAACGUCGAUGCUAGUAUAUCCAACGUCUUUGCCACCGCCGCCUUACGUUUCGGCCACUCGCUCAUCCAGCCGCGCCUCGAACGUCUGAACGCCUCCUUCCAGCCGAUUCCUCAAGGUGCUCUCAGCCUGCGAGACGCCUUCUUCGCGCCCUGGCGACUGGUGGACGAGGGUGGCGUCGACCCGCUGAUCCGCGGAAUGUACGCCACUGCGGCGAAGCUCAAGUUACCCGAGCAGAAUCUCAACGUCGAGCUCACCGAGCAGUUGUUCCGCACCGCGCACGCAGUCGCGUUGGAUCUGGCGGCAAUGAACAUCCAACGAGCGAGGGAUCACGGGCUGCCCGGCUACCUGGAGUGGCGCGAUUACUGCAACAUGUCGCGCGUGGAGACGUUCGAGGACCUGGCCGGCGAGAUCAGCAGCAGCCGAGUGCGGCAGAAGCUGCGCGAGCUCUACGGCCACCCGGGUAACAUGGAUGUUUGGGUCGGCGGCAUCCUGGAGGACCAACUGCCGGGCGCGAAGGUCGGGCCACUGUUCAAGUGUCUUCUGCUGGAGCAGUUCCGGCGCACUCGGGACGGUGAUCGGUUCUGGUACGAGAAUCCCGCGGUCUUCCGUCCCGAGCAGCUCGCGCAGAUCCAACAAGUGUCGCUCGCGCGGAUCCUCUGCGACAACGGCGACAACAUCACGCGCGUGCAACCUGACGUGUUCGUCUUACCCGAGGGUCGUAAUAAUUUCGUCGGCUGCGACGAGAUCCCUUACGUGGACUUGAGUGCGUGGUCCGACUGCUGUGACAACUGCGAGGAUUACAGCAACACGAUCUCACGCGUGCGUAGGCAAGCGGAGAAAUACUUGGCGCCUAAACGCGAUUACGCGAGGGAGGUGGCGCACUUGAACCGGGACGAGAGGAUCGAAUACUUACAGGGAAUGUUCGAAGAGAACGAUCAAGGGAUGAGAAAGCUGCGAGAACAGGCUGACGAAUUGUCGCGUAGGGUGAAGCAAUUGAGAUUAUUAUUGGAGGAUGUUAAAACGCGGCAGUAAAACAAUGAAACGUGCUUCAUGCUUAUUGCCUCUUUUCUAUUGCAGAUAUAGUUACGCCUGCUUUUGUUUAAUAUAUCUACCUUCUGCGCAUUUAUUAUUACAUGUAAAUAGAAAUGCUCUCCCAGAAUCAAGGGGAUCCUGGAGUCGUCCGUUUUACCUUAUUCUAGCUACAAUUCUUUUUGGCUGAAUCAUAGAAUUAAAACAGACGACUCCAGCAUCCCCCGCUUAAUGUUGCGAUUACUUAACGCCACGAUUCUUUA